AACACUGACGCCGCUCUGAUCCUCCUUGUUGUCGGCUGUGAGGGAAAAAGAGGACGACGUCUAAAUUUAAAACAAUCAUCUGUGUCUUUAUAUAACACUCCUCACAGCUCUGAGCAGCAGCUGCCUCACCCCGUCCUCUCUGCUCACGUCUGGAUUUAUACUUUUAUUUUGGAGAAACAGAAGUUCACUACCAGCCUCAGGGCUUUGACCCCUGACCUCCCUCCCUCCCUCUCCUCCCCCCCCCCCCCCCCCCCCCCCCUGCCAUGUCCAACGACAGCAGCCUCCUCAGUGUGUGGGAGGCGUCUGAUUGGGUAGACACCUCCCAGUGCCCUCCCUCUGUAGGCGGGGCGACCUUCCUGAUUGUAGCAUACAGCGCCGUCAUUGCCAUCGGGUUGCUGGGCAAUGCAGGCCUGGUGUUCAUCAUUGCCAGGCAACAGGAGUUGCGCAAUGUCACCAACAUCCUGAUCGCCAACCUGUCAUGCUCCGACAUCCUGAUGUGUGUGGUCUGUCUGCCGGUGACCGUCAUCUACACGUUGAUGGACCGCUGGGUGCUGGGAGAGGCCCUGUGCAAGGUGACUCCCUUCGUUCAGUGCAUGUCAGUGACAGUCUCCGUCUUCUCCUUGGUGCUGAUCGCGUUGGAGCGUCACCAGCUGAUCCUCCAUCCCACCGGCUGGUCCCCCGCCGCCGGACACUCCUACCUAGCCGUGGGGCUAACGUGGUUGGUCGCCUGCUUCAUCUCUCUGCCCUUCCUCUCCUUCAACAUCCUCACCAACGACCCCUUUCAGAACAUCAGCCUGCCUGCAAACCCCUUCAGAGAUCAUCUGAUUUGUAUGGAGCUGUGGCCGUCAGAUAAACAUCGUCUCGCCUACACCACGUCGCUGCUGCUCUUCCAGUACUGCCUGCCUCUCCUGCUGGUGCUGCUCUGCUACCUCAGGAUCUUCCUCCGCCUGAGACGACGCAGGGACAUAGUGGAGCGAAGCCGGAGGACGCGAGGUGCCCAGAGGAUUAACAUCAUGCUGGUAGCCAUCGUCGUAGCCUUCGCGCUGUGCUGGCUGCCGCUCAACGUCUUCAACACACUGUUUGACUGGCACCACCAGGUCCUGCCUGACUGCCAGCACGACGCCAUCUUCUCUGCCUGUCAUUUAACGGCGAUGGCCUCCACCUGCAUUAACCCCGUGGUGUACGGCUUCCUCAACAGCAACUUCCAGAGGGAGCUGAAGACCACGUUGCAGCGCUGCCAGUGUGGAAACCGGGCAGCGGAGAGUUACGAGAGCUUUCCUCUGUCCACCGUGGGCAGCGAAGGCAUCACGAAAGCGACCUCCCUCAACAGGAUGGGGUCAGUUUCGCCCAGAUUUGAGAUCAGCUCAGCAAUGCCAGCGAAAACAAUCCCAGCUAUCACCUAAUUAUGAGAACCACCAAAUUCUCUUUCUAUCAAGGGGCUGGAAUACAAACUUCAAGAGUCAAAUAUUUCUUCACCUUUGCUUCCAUAACGUCCUGCCUGCCCGAGUAAAACGUCCUGUUUCACUCGGCGUGACUGGAAAGGAUCAGGAUGAAGCUGGACGAUGUAGCUACAAGUCAGAACAUGAGAAGCAAACUCUUGUUAGUCAACUGUUUAGGUAAAAUAAUAGAAAGUAGAAGAGUGGACAGUUCGCCAAGCUCAGCCCUCUUGUUGACUGUUUCCAUCGCUGUCAGUCGUUACAUCCGACAAUUCACCAUCUUGACUUGGUGGCCAUUUGUCCUGAGACUUCAUGCUCAUUGUUUGAAUCUCAUGAUGAAAUUAUUUUGUACUGUUGUAUAUUUAGUGUGUAAAAGUAGGGGAUCAAACCAUUUUUAUUUCACUUUUCCACGUUCUUAAAUAAAGAGACGGCAGAUUGUAAGAAAGAUUGUCAUUGGUCCAUGUUCAGGUUUGAACAGUAUACUUGAUAAUUCA